GUCCUGGAGAAAUAUCCCAACACACCUAUGAGCCAUAAAGAGAUCCUUCAAGUUAUCCAGAAAGAAGGACUUAAGGAAAUCAGGUGAGUUAAUGGGACAUCUCCCCUGGCCUGCCUGAAUGCCAUGUUACACACCAACUCCCGUGGGGAAGAGGGAAUCUUCUACAAGGUCCCAGGACGCAUGGGAGUCUACACCCUGAAGAAGGACGUUCUGGACGGGCUGAAGGAGCUGUCAGAGGGCUCUGAGGAGAGCAGCGAUGCACAGUCUGACUCACAGAGCUCCGAGAACAGCAGCAGCAGCAGUGAUGGUUGCAGCAACAAAGAUGGGAGGAAAAGCAGGUGGAAAAGGAAAGUGUCAUCUCGCCUGUCCCAGACAUCCUCCCCACAGUCCAGCUGCCCCUCACCGUCCAUCCAGGCUGGAAAAGUUAUCUCCUCCUCCCAGAAGCACAGCAAGAAGGCACUCAAGCAGCACGUCCUGCUCAAGGCCGUCAAGGCAGCCGGAGACUCCGCGCCAGCUAAAUCUGCAGGUUGGGAAGGGAAGCAGUCAGACGGGCAGUCGAGCAGCCCUCAGAACUCCACCUCCAGCUCCUCUCCCUCUGUGAAGCUUGAGAACUCCUUGACAGGGUUGGGGAAGAAACCAUUCCAGAGAUCCGACAGGCUCCAUGCAAGGCAGCUGAAGAGAACCAAGUGUGCAGAGAUCGACGUGGAGACUCCUGACUCCAUCCUGGUGAACACCAACCUGCGGGCGCUGAUCAACAAACACACCUUCUCCGUGCUGCCUGCGGAGUGCCAGCAGCGCCUGCUGCUCCUGCUGCCAGAGGUGGACAGGCAGGUCGGGGCAGACGGUGUGAUGAAGCUGAGCGGCUCCGCACUCAACAACGAGUUCUUCACCUCAGCUGCCCAGGGCUGGAAGGAGAGGCUGUCAGAAGGGGAGUUUACUCCAGAAAUGCAGCUCCGAAUCCGUCAGGAAAUUGAAAAGGAGAAGAAGGUGGAGUUGUGGAAGGAACACUUUUUUGAGAGCUACUAUGGCCAGAGUUCUGGCCUGAGCCCUGAGGAGUCCCAGAGGCUGACGGCACAGCCUGGCCCUGCUGAGGCAGAGCCUGCGCCGGCGACAGCGGCACAGCCCCGGAGCACCUCGGCCCCACGCAGGGAGCAGAGCACCUCUCCCCCCGAGUCCAAAGCACAAGCAGCCCAGGAAGCACCAGCA